AUGAAUUGGUUCAAGCAGCAGUUAGCGAAUGUUGUCGGCACCGAGGAACCGGAGUAUGGACCUACCGCGAUACAGCCUGUGAGCACACAGAGAGACUCAAAGCCAUACUCCAUUCUCAACAGGAGCGACCUCCAAUGGAAGGCUAUGGACAGCACCAAUGUCGAGACCGAGACGUUCUAUUUCAUGGCUGACGAUGGUACUAUGUCUAAUGCGCAGAUCAUCUACAGCAAUGUUGGUGGCAUCCACACAACUGCGCAGUUUAACAUGAAGAUCUUUGACCACGACGGCCCUGGAAAACAUCUUUGGUGCUCAGAUCCGCUGAGUGAUUACGGAUUUGACGAGUCACAAACAUCGUUUUAUGCCGAGAACCUGGCGUUCGAGUUGAAUGAGGCGGGCGAUACCUACACAAUCAAGUCGGCGGUCAACGACAAUUGCAUUGUCAAUUUGACGGUGACAAGAACUGCCCCCGGCUUCCAAUUGGGGGAGGAUGGCACAAGCUAUUUCGGCACCGAUCCCGCAAACCCUUGGGGUUCUAUGCGACAUGCGUUCUGGCCCCGAUGUACGGUCACCGGAACCAUGCAGACGCCCUCCAGGGAGUACAAGGUGGAUGGGAGAGCGCUAUAUGUGUACGCGCUCCAGGGGAUGAAACCGCAUCACCUGGCAGUCAGAUGGAACUUUGUCAACUUUCAAUCGCCAACCUACUCCGCCGUGCUUAUGGAAUACACAACGCCUGCAUCCUAUGGGAGGACUGUCGUCUCUGUUGGCGGGAUCGCAAAGGACAAUGAAUUGGUGUGCGCCGGCUUGUGCACCGCGAAACAUGUCACUGCAAACCAGGAUACUGAGGACGACUGGCCGGAACCAAAAACAAUUGCUUAUGAGUGGAAAGGCGAACAGAAUGGCAAGCCUGUAGUCGGCGAGAUUACAGGGGAUCUGCCAGCUCGAUCUGAUCGAAUCGAUGUACUGGCUCAUUUGCCUGGCUUCGUCAAGUCUUUCAUCAGUGGUGCAACCGGCUUGAAACCACAUAUCUUUCAGUAUUGCCCGAAGGAUCAACUCACUCUGAAGCUCAAGAUUGGCGACGAGGAAAUAUCCGAAGCUGGCAAAAUGUUCGCCGAAGCGACGUUCAUAGCCUGA